AUGUCGGCAGGCUUCGACGACAUUCGUGGAGGAAAUUCUUCUAUUACGAUUGACGGACUUGAAGUUAGUCCAAAUGUAAGUCACGUGUUCGAUUUAUUCAAACAGUUCAGAGUUUUGAAAUCCCAGCGAAAGCAUCAGUGAUGAUUUAUUUUGGCUUUAGUCCCUAGAAAUGCUAGAGCUUUUAGAGGGAGACACAUUGCCAAAAAAAAAAAAAGAUAAUAAUAAAAAAGAUAAAAAAUAGUUCAACGAAGCUAGUUGUAAAUUAAUUCAAUAUAAGCGGAGCCUCUUAACUAAGAAAAUUUGGUUAUCUAUCCAUCUGAGAAAUUUGGGUAGUCACCCGACCGUACUUCCGUCCGAGUGCAAAAUCGUACACAUUUUAGCUAGUGUGAGAGACUGCAACCUGAUAUUGCAUAUCAAUGUUGUGGUCAAUUGACAGCUCUUAAAAAAAUAGCAUACGCUGACCAGUAUCACAUCAUAUCGCGGAUUCAGGUGUCCACCCAUCGAGGUUACGUGGUUUUUGAAGUUAUCCGGUGACAAAUUUCUAGUUUUUCUUCUGAUUGCAGGCUAAACUUCAAGGGGAUUCAAGUUUACAGUUUGAAGUUGAUUAUAAAUUUUAUUAACAGGAACCUCGAUUUCAGCCUCGGGUAAAUGUUUAUAUUAAGUUCAAAAUACAUUUUUUUUAUUCUAGAAACGUGGUCAUAAUGUGGUAGCGGUCGACCAAGAGGGAAACGUUAUCGGGGCCAGAAAUUUCGAUACUCAUGAAGAUAGCUCUGCAGGUAAAAACAUGGCGAAUUUCAUCGAGUCUCUACCAACUCAUACCGUGGUGUUGAUUGCGGUCAAAGAUUCUGGUGAAAAGUUCGUUGAUGAUGCCGCUAAUGCUCUUAAAAGCCUGGGCGCUACUAACCCUUUGAACCCAGACUUUCGUGGGUCAUGGCUGUUGGUGGGAUAUAAAGGGAAUGGAGAAAAGCCGUCGUGGAUACGACAAGAACAGCAAGCGCGGUCCUUUGGUCCUUGCUAUAUAACGGUCAGAGUGUUUGAAGGGAAGGGUGCUCGAUAAGAAAAAAUCCUGAAAUACAUACUCUGUUUAGGACAACUCCCUCAAUUCUAACCGCUGUUUAGGACAAAGGACAAAAUACACGCCGCCUAGUUUUUAAAUAUUUAUUGGCCAUUGUAAUAGAGCAAAUACACGGUAUAGUCACUGCUUUUGUAUACUUGGAGUACAAACAAAUUUGAUCCUGUUUAUGAUUAGGACAUACUCGCACAAAAUUAUAGUAUUAUUGGCACAUUCAUUCCCCGUAUAGGCCAUAUAAGAAAGUACCCCUGGGAAUAAUUCACAACGUUUACGUUGAACCAUAAGGGCUGAAACAUUUUCCUGAAGAAGAGGAAAAAAAAUGCUUACUAAUACAAAGGAUGAUAUAUUGUUCUGUGUUGUUAAAAGUAAUUUGGCAAAUAUAUAUCCGUUGGUUUGUUGGUCACAACGUUAACUAUAAAUAAAAAAGUUAAGUCCAAAAAGCUUUAAAGGAAUUAGCAAAACCAGAAACUACUUGGUAGUAACAGCAGGCCCUACGUUUUUCCAACUAACUUUUUCUGCAUGCAUUGAUAUGCCUCGUUAUGACGCUAACUAUUCGGUAGAUCGAGAGAGACCCUCUUCCGUUAGUUCGACAUUUUUCACUUCCGUCUGGAAAUGUGACAAUGUUCACGAAAUCUUUUCUUUUCACCCUUUUUUUACCGUGAAUCUGUGGAUGAAAUCGUAUUGCUGUUAACCAUUCAAAUAAAAGCUACUGAGCAAUACUAUUCUGUGGUAUUGCAUGCUUAUUUGGUUGUACAGGGUGCUGCUAGCUUUCAAGUCUGUGGCUGAAACCCUAAAGUGUGACCAUUCAAAUUAUAGUUCCUUAGCAGUUCGUUCGUGUGGUAGUGUUUAUUUUGCUGCAAGGGAAGUGAAAGGCUUUAUCAGCUGAGAAAAAAUAANCGAAGAAAAUGCUUAAUUUUCGCUAAUUUCAUACUCGAAAGAGCGCCGAUUUGGCGUUUUUCAAACUUUGCCCGAUUCAGGAAAAAAUAAAAAGCCGUUACAAGUUUUAAUGUGAUUUUUGAAAUAAGUGUACUAUAGAGAUUGUGUGGGCAAAAUAUGAAGAAAUUCAAAAAUUCACGACUGUCAACCGAUUCUCGAAAAUUACAGACAUUGGCUCUUAAGCUCCCCAACUGCAGCAAAGUACUGCCUUAAACUUUUCCUUGAAUCGCUCGUUGACCAAGGGGUAAAUAAUCGGGUUGAAGGCUAAAUUGAACAAGACUAUUGUGUUGCUAAUGCUUCCAUUGUAUGGAAUUCAUGCGCGGGUAAAAAUCAACCACGGGGUAGCCAACUGUGUUUGUCCCCCAGCACAGCCAAAAGAUGAUGCUGGCAUUGAAGACCAUCAAGGUGACUCGCUUCCGAACCCUCAUCCCACCCUACCAAGAAAAGAAGAUCAAUGA